AUGGCCAGUUCCAAGUACAUCGAAUUUACCCANAAAGACUUUGUCUACAAGACAGUCAACAACCAUGAAAUCUCCACCACGGUCUUGGUCCCCAAGAACAUCAAGCCAGGAAAACACCCAUUGCUCGUUCAUUUCCACGGCGGCUUCUUGAUCUGUGGCUCCAAGCUCUACGAAGAGUGGCACGCAGUAUGGACAAUCCAACUCGCAGCCCAGAAAGGCGCUAUCCUUGUCACUCCGAACUACCGACUUUUGCCCGAAGCGAACGGCAGAGAAGUACUUGACGAUAUCGCUGACUUCUGGUCUUGGAUCAAAAGCUCUCUGCCUGAAGAGGUUGAGGGCAUGGCCAAAGGAGUGGAGGUGGACGUCAGCAAUGUAUUGGUGGCUGGAGAAUCAGCAGGCGGAUACCUAGCCGUCCAAUCGGCACUCUUGCACCCAGAUGCAGGUAUCAAAGCAGUGAUCUCACAGUACGGCAUGCUGGACAACAGGAUACCGCAUUUCUCGCAAAAGGGAGGGAAGAACAUGGCUGGGGCGCCUCAGCAACCAGAGUCCGAAAUCGACGAUUACCUGAGGGAUAUGAAGAAAGGAGCGGUGAGAACAGAGACCCAUCCUUGGGAGCUGUGGUUGUUCAUCUGCGCUACCGUACAGGCUGGACGGUACCUAGAAUUCUUGGGUGAUGGGCAAGGUGUGCACGCAAUUGACAAUCUUGAGACAACCAAGAGCGUCCCUGCAUGCUGGAUCAUCCAUGGCAAAGAAGAUUCACUGGUAAGUCGGUCGGUGGAGAACAAAACGAAACCAGCUCGAGUUGCUAAAGCGAUGAACAGNGUGCCCAUCGAAGCCUCGAACAACUUUGUCGACAAUCUCAAGAAAAUUCAGCCCGAGACACCAUUGAGGUAUACGAUACAACCAGGCGAGCAUGGAUUCGAUGGUGCGGUGACCAUGGACGCAGACUGGGUCAAGNNGGAAGGCUGUGUUUGGCUUGAUCAAUAUUGGCCAUGA